AUGGAGCAUAGCACCUCUCUCACCCUCCUCCUCCUCCUCCUCCUCCUGGACAUCUCUCAGGCCAACCCUCUCACGGAGGAUGGAAGUCGACCGGAGAUCCUAAUAGACAACCCUGAGGCUGUGGACUUCACUGAGAGAAUUCUGACCACUAAUAACGGCUCCAGUCAGUUUCUGCUGGAGGGAGACCUGCUGGCACCAACAACCAGAAAUGCCAUGAUUUGCUUUAGGUACAACACCCACACACACUAAAAAACAAUAUUUUGCGAGUUCUACUUUUAAAAUUAUUUGCAUCAGCCUUUUGAGUAUUUCCAACAUGAGGUAUUUUUAUGUAUAAUAUACUUCACUUUGUAUCAAUUCCAAAACUGUUUUCAUAAGUUACAUUUGCUUCAUCUUUCUGAUUGGUUACUUUUGGAGAUCGUGUAUUAAUUUUGAACAAUGGCAUUUUCACCUACAUUAGCAGGUGUUGUUAAGCACAGUGCUCAUUCCACUAGCAGUAAAUGGAGGUAGAACUGCAGCAGUGCAGGAUGCUCCAUUAGCCAGUGUCAUUAACAGCGGUGAUGGUGGGAAUUGUUGGUCUCAUCAUUGAACAUCAAUUUGACUGACGGUUUCGAUAUCCGUUACACCUCAAAGCAAUACUAAUACUAUACUAAUACAAUACUAAUACAAUAUAAUUUUCGUCCUUUAAACAUGCAUACAACAUUGUAUUAUAGGAUUAUGAAGUCAAUGAAGGUGGAAUUACCCACAAUGCUCUAAAAACAAGAGACAUGUGGCAAGUUGUUGCAAGAACUUAACAUUAGUAAAUUGAGAGAAAUAUGUUGAACAUUUUGUAAAUUAAACACAGUUUACCUUGUAGUUGUUUUUACAUGUAUCUAAUGUUGAUAUAUAUAUAUAUAUAUAUAUAUAGUUCAGGUUGGUUAAACAAGUGAAGUAGAGUACUAAUUAUAUUCAAGUAAAGAUAACAAAUGUAUAUUUUUUAUGUCAAAAUAUUAGUAUUUUCCAAUAUAAUUUACUAACCACCUGAAUCUUAUUUUACAGUUCAGGGUGCUUCUGGAGCAAAGGCCCUAAUGGAAAGGUUGAAGUGCCUUACACAGUGAGUAGUAGCUUCACUUCCUCCGACAAGCAGAUCAUUGAGAACGCCCUCCAGGCCUUCCCUUCCAAGACCUGCAUUCGCUUCGUGCCUCGUCGGAAUCAGGUUGACUUCAUCAGCUAUGAGCCCAGAGACGGGUGCUGGUCCUCUCUUGGGAGAGUGGGAGGCCAACAGGUGGUCUCUCUCCAAAGGGACGGCUGCGUUUACUUCGGCAUCGUUCAGCACGAGACUCUCCACGCUCUGGGUUUCCAGCACGAACAAACCAGGAGCGACCGUGACCAGUACGUCAGGAUCAACUGGAGUAACAUCGACGCUAACAGUGCCUACAACUUUGAUAAAUCAAACACCAACAACCUCAACACUCCCUAUGACUACAGCUCCGUCAUGCACUAUGGAAAAACAGCCUUCUCCAUCAAUGGAAUGGACACCAUCUCCCCCAUCCCCAACCCCAACGUGUCCAUCGGCCAGAGACAGGGGUUGUCCACCACUGACAUCCUGAGGAUCAACCGACUCUACAAAUGCUAA